CCGACAAGAGCGGAGGACGCUGUGAACGCUGCUGAAUAACGAAUUAAGCGACUGAACCUGGAUUUUAUACACUGACUGGGGCAACCUGACGAUAUUGGAAUCUAUUUAUUGUGUCUUUACAAUUUUGUGUGUUUUGGAGCUGCGUUUUAAAUACAUGCCAUCAUGCCUUGGAAGAACUACGAUUACGAUUACGACUCGGUCCAGCCGUAUUUCUACUUCGACAACAACGAGGAGGAUUUCUACAACCAGCUGCAGCAGUGUCAGGCUCCCAGCGAGGACAUCUGGAAGAAGUUCGAGCUGCUGCCCACGCCUCCUCUGUCACCGAGCCGGCAACCGUCCACAGCCGAGCAGCUGGAGAUGGUGAGCGAGUUUCUGGGGGACGAUGUGGUCAAUCAGAGCUUCAUCUGCGAUGCAGAUUCGUCGCAGGCUUUCCUCAAGUCCAUCAUCAUCCAGGAUUGCAUGUGGAGCGGCUUUUCUGCGGUCGCCAAGCUCGAGAAGGUGGUCUCGGAGAGGCUCGCGACGUUGCACGCGGCGAGGAAAAGCAUGCCGGCACCGGCUUGCACAGAGAAUACAGACAGUAGGGUGUAUUUACAAGAUCUAAGUGCAACGGAGUGCAUCGAUCCCUCCAUGGUGUUCCCUUAUGCGCUUGCGGAUUCGCAGAAGUGUGCAAAGGACACGCAGGGUGUGCAGACGCACGCGCUGGCGAUGGACACUCCGCCCAACAGCGGCUGCAGCAGCGAUUCUGACGAUGAAGAAGAAGAAGAAGAGGAGGAGGAUGAUGAUGAUGAGGAGGAGGAGGAGGAGGAUGAAGAAGAAAUCGAUGUAGUAACGGUAGAAAAGCGUAGAAGGAGCGACACCGAGUCUUCAGAGUACAGGCAGUCUAGCCCGGUCGUCCUGAAGCGCUGCCACGUCUCGACGCAUCAGCACAACUACGCAGCCCAGCCGUCCACGCGACACGAGCAGCCUCCCACCAAGCGGGCACGCCUAGAUGCCACACCCACAAGUCACAGUGUCAGCCGGCACACCCGACAGAGGAAGUGCACCAGCCCGCGAACGUCCGACUCCGAAGACAACGACAAGCGGCGGACGCACAACGUCCUAGAGCGCCAGCGACGGAACGAACUCAAGCUGAGCUUCUUUGCCCUAAGGGACGAGAUCCCAGAGGUAGCCAACAACGAGAAGGCAGCCAAGGUGCUGAUACUAAAGAAGGCGACGGAGUGCAUUCGCAGCAUGCAGGUGGAUGAACGAAGGCUCACGUCUGCCAAAGAACAGCUAAGGAAAAAGAGUGAACUUUUAAAACAAAGACUACAACAGUUAAGAAGAUCACAUCUAUAAUAAAGAACAUAUUCAAUUAAAGGAAUAGACUGUUGAGACAAAAGAAAGACUUUUAAAGUUUCUUGUUUUUAUGCAAGUUGUUCAUAUCGUGAUUUAGUUUUCUUUUAAAUAUUGUCAUUUUUUGUCUAUGUUUAAAACCACGAUUUAAAGUGGUCAGAUAAUUUGUAUUUAAACCAUUUAUUUUUAUUAAUAAAAUAAGAAAACACAGGCAUUGUGGCCAUUAUAAAAUAAUUUGUAUUUUUUUGUAUAUAACGGAUUCAUAUUUCUUAAAAGCCUAUUUUUUGAACUGUAUUGUCUGAGUGUUCUGCAGACACUGUUUUGGUUCGCUGUAUGUUUGAACAGUUC